GUCGGUGGUGUGUGAGAAUCCGGUUCGUAUUUUGCUCUGUGCCCGAGGGCGGGUGUGAGAGUGCCAGCCCUGCCAAAUCAGACACAAACGAGUGUGUGUUUAGAAACAAACGACAACUAAACUUGACACAGAAAAACUACGAAAAUGACCAAGCCAGAAGACAUUAGAUGAGGCAAAGGGAAUUUAUUGUCUCUAUAUUGCAUCUAAAGAACAUGAAUAAACAUUUAAUGCAGGUGUGAUCAGUGUGAGGUGUGCCUGUAAUGGAAGGGGAACCUUUACUAGAUCUGUGUCACCUGUCUGAGGUGGAGCAAACCGUAAUUCUCAAUGUUCUCCAGAGAGAUGCAGAACUACGCAACAAAGAGGAAAGGAGAAUACGGAAGCUUCAGCAGACUGUGUCAGAUCCUCUUCACCUGCGCUCUCUCUCGGGUGCAUGGUUUAAUGAAGAGCGCUCUAAGAGAUAUCAGAAGGGCGGAGCUGAUGUUGUUAAUGCCUCCAUACGCCAUAAGAAGCGUGAAAAAGAUAUACCUCUGUCAGGAAUAUUUGAUAAGGAAAAAGGUAACUUUUCUCAGUUACAUAAGCAGCAUGAGGAAGACAAAAGUACAGAGAGAGAAUUGCAGGAAAAUGUAAGUGUAAGAGAGGAUGACAAGAGUCAGGAAGAAAAGGAAAGAGAAAAAGAUGGGGAAAGUCCCAUUCCUAUGGUAACUCCUGAACAACAGUCCAGGACAAGACACAUCACAAAGAGUAAUGCAGCAAAAGAAAAUGGUCUUAAAGAAAGUGUUCAAAAGUCAGGAGACAAAGAGAGGAGAAUUUUGCCAAGUGUAUCCCCAUCUCUACAGAUGGACUCAGAGGGGGACGUGGACUCCGGUAGCACUGAACUAGACUAUACAAGGUUUGGCUCAGUUAGCAGCUUGGCCUCCCAUCAUAUGAUGAAUGGCAGUUUGAUGAGUCUGUACAGUGUGGGCGAUUUCGGGGAUGUUGUAGUAUCAGGACGGAUCCAAUUCUCAUUGCAGUAUGAUGUCAAGAAAGAGGAGCUUCACGUGCACAUACUUCGCUGCCAAGAGCUUGCAUCAGCCCGCAAAAAUCGAUCAGACCCAUACGUUAAAGUUUACCUUCUCCCUGACAACACAUCCCGCAGUAAGAAAAAAACUGCAGUGAAGAGGAAAACAUUAAAUCCGGUCUACGAUGAAAACAUGAGAUACAAAGUGCGCAGACUGGACCUCCAGGCUCGUGUGCUGAGUUUGUCAGUCUGGCACAUGGAGAGAAUGAGGAGAAACCUCUUCCUGGGGGAGGUGGAAGUGAGGCUGGGUCAGUGGGACUGGAGCCAGAGCCAACCAACCUGGCACAACCUCCAGCCAAGAGUUAAGUUAAGCCCAGAUGACAUUAUCAGCAGAGGAACCAUUCUGUUCUCAAUUAAGUUUGUACCUCCAGGUUCAGAGGGAAGUGGUUGUCCACCGACUGGAGAGCUCCAUAUUUGGUUGAGAGAGAUUGUUGGUCUACUUCCCACAAAACGUGGUGCACCCAGUACAUAUGUGAAAAGUGUGGUAUUACCAGAUGAAAGUGGCGUCAGUGGCCAGCAGACUCGGGUAGUGCGAGGAUCUGUCAACCCAGUCUUCAACCACACCAUGGUUUAUGACGGGUUUCAGUCCAGUGACCUUAUUCAGGCCUGUGCAGAGAUAACAGUCUGGAGUUCACAUCCCUCCAGCUGUCUAGGUGGAGUACGACUCAGCACUGGCUCAGGUGUGAGUUAUGGUCAGUCUGUCUGCUGGAUGGACUCAACAGAAGAUGAGACCAGUGUGUGGUCAAGUGUGAUUCAGAGCCCCAACAGCUGGGUGGACACUAGUCUACCAAUCAGAACCAACUUACAGCUUUGCUCUGAUUGAACUUUGUUUAACCUAUUCACCCCGUGUCUUUUGUUGGAUAACAUUUUGGAAUACACUAAACAAAUGUUUCCCAGAUUUUUGACCCAGGUUGCGAUCUGGAUGGGUUGAAGCUAGUUGGCAAAAGUCAGAGCCAAUCUGCAAAUUUUGGACAUUGGAGCUGACAGAUUUCACAGAAAAUUGCGUAGUAUGUAAUGGGCACUAACUCUGAUUUUUAGCUUCAAACUGUGUUUCUGAGGAUAUCAAAUGGGACCUAGGACCACAAAACCAGUCAUAAGGGUCAAUUUUCUGAAACUGAGAUUUAUAUAUGACACAAACGCUGAAUAAAUAAGCUUUCUACUGAGGAAUGUUUGUUUAGGAUAGGGCAAUAUUUGGCCGAGAUACAACUUUUUGAAAAUCUGGAAUCUGAGGUUGCAAAAAAAUCUAAAUAUUGAAAAAAAUCGCCUUUAAAGUUGUCCAAUAAAGUUCUUAGCAAUGCAUAUUACUAGUCAAAAAUUAAGUUUUGAUAUAUUUACGGUAGGAACAUUACAAAAUGUCUUCAUGGAACAUGAUAUUUAAUUAAUAUCCUAAUGAUUUUUGGCAUAAGAGAAAAAUUGAUCAUUUUGACCCAUACAAUGUAUUUUUGGCUAUUGCAACAAAUAUACCCUACUUAAGGCUGGUUUUGUGCUCCAAGGUCACAAAUACGUUUUUAUAUUUUUAGCUGAUUUUAGAACACAUUGUAGUGUAUGACAUGACCUACACUCUUAAAAAUAAAGGUGCUUCACAAUGCCAUAGAAGAACCUUUUUGUCUAAAUGGUUCCAUAAACAACCUUUAACAUCUGAAGAACCUUUCAAAGGUUCUUUGUGGUGAAAGAAGGUUCUUCAGAUUAUAAAAGAAAGAGAUGUUUCUUUAAAGAACCUUUGACUGAAUGGUUCUUUGUGGAAUCAAAAUGUGUCCUUCUAUGGCAUUGCUGUGAAGAACCUUUUAAAGCACCUUUAUUUUUAAGAGUGUAACUGAGCUCCAACACCAUUCACCUCCAACUAAGGUAUCUGUACAGGACAGAAA